AUGGCGAACUCUCGGCGGUCUAGCACAUCUUCUAUCGAAUCAGAAGCCAAAUCUGAUGUUGAGUCUUCAGGACUGCCCUCGGACCAGGAACACUUUGGACCAUCAUUGGAUCAGAAAGCGCAAUCUCGAACCAAGGAACAACCCUCCGGAAGCCAUGCCAUAUCUGACCAUAUACCAAAUGGUGGAUUUACCGCAUGGUUACAGGUGCUGUCAGGCUUCAUGUGCUUCAUGAGCUCUUGGGGAUUCGUCAACGGGUUCGGUGUGUUCCAGGACUUUUACAGCAGUACUCUCAUACCGAAUGUUAGCAACUCGGACAUCUCUUGGAUCGGGUCGAUACAGGCCUUCUUGCUCUGUAGUGCGACCGUGUUUGCCGGACCCAUCUAUGACCGUGGACAUCCUCACCUGCUCGUUGUGUUCGGCUCUGCGCUCGUUGUUCUCGGAACGAUGAUGACAAGUCUCUGCUCUGAGUACUGGCAACUCAUGUUAGCCCAAGGCCUUUGCGUUGGGUUUGGAGCCGGAUGUCUUUUCCUGCCUUCAAUCGCCAUCAUCCCUUCAUACUUUACAACCAAGAAGGCCUUUGCUAUGGGCAUUGCUGCAUCAGGCUCAAGUUUUGGUGGUGUCAUCUACCCUAUCAUAUUCCGUCGCAUCGAACCUCAAAUCGGAUUUGGUUGGGCUACUCGGGUCAUUGGUUUCAUCUCGUUGGCCACUCUGCUUAUCCCUUGUCUCUGUAUCAAAGCUCGCGCUUUCCCAAAGACACGCAGGAAGCUAUUGGACUUUGCCGCAUUCAAGGAACCCGCCUAUGCUCUGUUCAGUCUUGCCAGCUUUGUCGGCUUUGUUGGGCUGUAUGUUCCUUUCUUCUACAUCUCCACAUAUGCCAGGGAUGUUUCUGGCCUGGAAAAGACGCUUUCAUUCUACAUGCUUCCCAUUAUGAGCGCUGGGUCGAUCGCUGGUCGAAUUAUUCCUGGCCUUGUCGCUGAUAGGGUUGGUGCUUUGAAUGUGCUCGGUUGCUGUAAUCUAUGCGCCAGUAUACUCGGAUUCUGUUGGAUUGCCAUUCACCACACUGCUGGCGGUCUGAUCGUGUGGGCUCUACUCUAUGGUGCUCUUUCAGGUGCCUUCGUCAGUUUGCAACCCACCACUGUGGCAUCGAUCACCACAGAUCUUAGUACGGUCGGUGGAAGGAUGGGUAUGAAUACUUUCUGUGCUUCUUUUGGGAUCCUCAUUGGUACGCCAAUCGCAGGUCUACUUGUAGGUAGUGGCAACUGGGUGGGCAUGCAGAUCUUUUCAGGUGCCACUCUCUUAGGUGCCGCGAUACUGGUGAUGACCACUAGAGUUUCCAUCACUGGGUUGGAGGUUUCUGUCAAGGCUUGA